UCUCACAUUCAGAGGCUGGCAAUGGCAGAGUUUAAGCACAUUCAGGACUCCAGCAGCAGCUCACAGAACAACUUUUACUGUGUACUAAAUGAGGACAUUAACAAGAAACCAUCACACACAUGGAAAGGUCGCAUUUGGAAUAAACAGUUUUGCUUUCUUCUGAUGUGUGGCAGUGUCAUACUCUUCAUGGCUCUGUUGAUCACAGUAUCUGUAAAAUUGCAGCACCAAUACAGUAAACUGACCGAGGUAGAGAAUGAAGUGGCCAAUCUGACUUCUUCUUUAGCUUUGCUUUCUUCAAACCAACAAGACACAUUGCAACACCAAUACAGUAAACUGACCGAGGUAGAGAAUGAAGUGGCCAAUCUAACUUCUUCUUUAGCUUUGCUUUCUUCAAACCAACAAGAAACAUAUGACAGAUUUAUGGAGAUGGUCGGUGAACUGAAAGCUGAUCUGAAUAGCAGAAUAACAAAUUUGACUCAGCAUAAACCUGUUCUGAGCUGUAAAGCUGGGUGGCAGCCUUUUCUUUCCAACUGCUAUGAAUUUUCCAGUAAUAAAGUGAGCUGGCAAACGGCACGUUUAUACUGCAGUGGACAAGGCACCCUGCUGCUCAUCCUGGGGAAUGACUCCAGGGAGUGGGAUUUUAUUGUGCAACACGCUGUUCUUUCAUCUGAAUCCUACUGGAUUGGUCUUACAGAUGCGAUAACUGGGCAUUGGAGAUGGGUUGAUGGAACACCUUACACCAUGAAAAGCAGUCAAUGGGAACCAGGUGAACCAAAUAAUUGGUUGGGUGAAGAGGACUGUGGAGAACUAACUGCAUCUGGGAAACUGAAUGAUGGCCACUGCUCAAAAAAAUUCAGAUUCAUCUGUAAAGCACCAGCCAGUGAAAACUACCCAAUUAAUGGGGCUCUGUUGUAAUGCCAUUCAAACAGUAGGCCUUCUGAUAUUAUGAGAAAUAUGUAGAAGUGGGACGGUGAAAGAUUUUUAAAUAUAUAUAUAUAGCCUUUUGGUGUUGUUCAUAGUGAUAUUAAAGACACAAUGUCUGAACCUGCUAUACUGCAGCAGGACUAUGGCAUGUUCACGCAGGAGAGCAGGAGCCCUGGGCAUUUUUCUUUUAGUGUUUUUCAGAGUCAGUAGAAAGGUGUCUUUACUGUUAUUAUGACUAUGACCAUAAUUGCCUACUGUCUGUUCAUGUUCCAAAGGUGCAUGUGCAAUAAUUUUUAUGGUUCUUUGAACAAGCAUGAAAACUUGUUUAAACCCUUUCCACUAAAGUUUUGUGAAGCUUAUUUGAAUUUUACAGAAUUAGCUUUAAAAUACAGCAUCAUAAAAAAUAAAAUAUUAAAAUCCUU